CCCUCCAUUUCUCUACUUUCUUUCCCCCCUUCUACUUCCUCCUCCCACCGUGUACUUUGCAUCAUCCUCCCUCCCAAUAAUUAAUUUGUUCGGUCGAGUUCAUAUCCUCAAACACCUUUAUCUCCCUUUGUCCCCCCUUUCUUUUUCUCACCGCGACUUCCCCCCUUCCUCUUCCUCUUCCUCUCAUCUGUACUCUACGCUUAGCCCAGAGGCCAUGUUUCUCGUACAGAUGAUAUCCACCCAUGGCUUCUCUUUCCUUCCCUCCUCUCCACCUAAAACCCAACCUGCCUCUCUGGCGCACCCCUUCGAGGCCGCCUUCGUUGCCCGCCUCGCGUCGCUCCCCCUCCCCGAAUCGUCCGGGUCCGUCGCCCUUUCCUGGCUCGCCCAAGCCGUCCGUCUCCUCGCGGUCACCUUCUCCGAUGCCGCCGUCCUCCUCACUGGCGCCCUCUCAUCAUCCGACCGCGACGCCCUCGCCGCCUACCUCGACUCAGGCGUCGCCCUCCUCGACGCGUGCAACGCCGCCUCCGCCGAGAUCGAUCGCCUCCUACGUCGUCGCCUCCACCUCCGCUUCGCACUCCACCUCCUUGCCUCCUCCAACGGCGGCCGGAACCCCGAGAAGCUGCGGCGGGCGCGGGACUCCGUGGCCGAGUGGUGGGGCUCCCCCCGCCGCGAUAUCAAGCCCUUCACCGGCGACCUCGUCCGGCCCCUCGCCCCGGUCGUUCCCCCCCGCGGCAAGCUCUCCUACGUCCGCAGGGCGACUUACGCCGUCGAGGCCGCUUCCGGCCUGAUCGCCGGCGCCGUGGACCGCGUCCCUGCCGACUUCACGUGGGCUGACGAAUACCACAAGGUGGCCGCGGCGGUCGCGCACAAACUCCCCGGCGACGUAUCCGUCGCCGAGAUGGAGGCGGUGAAGGCUGCCGUCAAGAAGCUGGCGGAGAUCAUAGACGCGAUCGAGCCAAACGGCGAUGGGGAGAAGGCUGAGCGCCUACAGGAAACCGCCAGGGAGACGGAUAACGCUACAAACGAGUUAACGGAAGGGUUAGACGCCUUAUCGAACGCCGUCAAUGAGUUGUUUCACUCGGCGUUGGAUUUGAGGAACACGGCGUUGGGUGGCUUCCGCAUGGGUCCGCUGAUAUGCAAAUAGUUGUGCGACGAAGGGCAAAAAUGGAAAUCAACAUGAACCGUGUAAUAUUCAGUUUUAACGGGGAUUGUGUGUACGGGUGUCGAUGGAAGAAGAUAAAUUGGUGCGUAAAUUGCUAUCUCAACUGGCAGAAAGGAAAUUAAAUCUGUGCAUCAAUUUUCCGAUCAAAUUUAGUGGCGGAAAGUGAAUGGGUCAAUUCAAGAAGGGAGCAUUUACUUUUUA